AUGACUCCGCUAAUUGGGGGCCGGCUGCCCGAGCUUGGCAGGACGGGGCUGAGGUGCCCCGUGUGCCGGGACCGCUUCUCGCCAGAUAAGGCCGGUUUAUUUUGUCUGCCCGCGGCUCUGUGCGGGCAGAGCUUGCGCUCCUGGCCCUUCUUCGAGGCGCUCGUGCGCAGCCUCAUCAUCCUGUGCGUGGCCGUGGCCGUGGUGCUCUCCUCCAUCUCCGUGUGCGACGGCCGCUGGCUCUUCGCGCGGCGGGAGCUCUUUGGCCUCUGGCACUUCUGCAGCGUCAGCAACAGCAGCGCCCUGAAGUGCGUCACCGACCUGCGCCUGGCUGGCGUGGAAGGCAUGAACGUGGGCAUGAUCCUCAUCAGGAGCCUCGUGGCUUUUGCCGUCGUGGUGGCCAUUUUCGGCCUGGAGCUCCUGAUGGUCUCGCAGGUGUGCGAAGAUGCCAGCUCAAGGCGCAAGUGGUCACUGGGCUCCAUUCUCAUCCUCGUCUCCUUCUUGCUGUCAUCCACCGGAGUCCUGAGCUUCUCCAUCCUCCUGAGGGACCACAUCACCUUGAUGGGCUUCUCGCUGACCUACUGGUGCGAGUUCGUCGCUGCCUUCCUCUUCUUCCUUAAUGGGAUCAGUGGCCUCCACAUCAACAGCCUCACGUCCCCGAGGAGCCGGCUGGCAAAAAUCUAG